AGUAUGUGAAAGUAGUUGUUGUUAGUGAAGUGAGCUUCCACAGAAACUUGAACUUGAUUUGUUUUACCAAUAACGACAAUGUGGAUAUACGAGAAAUUGUUGGGGCUGUUACUGUUUAUGGCAACCACAAAUUCCAAUCCAUUGCAUUCCUAUGCACCAGCUCAUGAAGAUUACAAACCAACUGACUACAGUUUUAGUUAUGGAGUAAAAGAUUACCACACAGGAGACAUCAAACACCAAUGGGAAAAGAAAGAUGGAAAUAAAAUAACAGGUCAUUACUCCCUCGUUGAACCAGAUGGUUCCAUUAGAUCCGUUGAAUACAGCGCCGACGAACACAGUGGUUUCAAUGCAGUUGUCAAACAUACAGGUUCCUUUAAACAUCCAAUCACCCACGUACAUUCAAAAAUCGAACCAUCUAGUCACCAUGAGUUAAUUUUGCAUCAGGGCAUCGAAGCACAGAAACUGCAUCAGGCACCAGAGUACAAUGUUCAAUAUAAGUAUAUUUAUCCAGAACAAGAAGAAGCUAAAUAUGAAACUGAAGCUUCAAGUCAUCAAUUACAAGAAGAGUUAUUACAACAGAAUUAUGCCUACAAUCACCAGGAAGAAAGUGCAGAAGAAUCACAGCAUACACCAGUUAAAACUAAACACCGCUACAAAUCUCAUAAUCCUAACGCGAUAAAAUCCCAGUUAACUAUUAAAGAAGAUUACGGAAACUUAGUUCCUGAACUGCCAAUAGAUCUAAGUGUAAUCAAAGGUAGCCACGUAGAGCCUGUCGAUGUUAGCGUUCUUAAUCCUGUAGAGAUUAACCUCAAAGAUUUAGAGGAAAGUAAGCAGUUUCAUUCACACAAAUACUCAGCCAAAGACGUAUCUGUACAGCCUUCACAUGAGCUAACUGAAGCAGAAAUCAGGAAGUAUCUUCAAGAUUAUUAUCUUCAGAAUAACGAUGUACCUAGUGAUCCUUAUGUAGAAACUGGCUUUAAACCCAUCAAAACCAAGUCCAAAGACACCAUCACACAACCAAAUAUUCCAGGGACGUUUACUUCUAACAAAAAACCCAAAACAACUCCAGGUUUAAGUACCUACAACACCAAAGGGAUCCAGCGUACAAAACAUAUGAGAAGAAAACCUAAAAUGGCUCCAAAUUAUUAUCAGACAACCGCAGUUCAAGCACCAAGCUUUCAUUAUUAUUUCCCACCUGAAGAAGCUGCACCAGGAAAGGAAAGUAAAGACGUAACUAGGUUAUAUCGUUCUUUACCUAAUCGAGGUUAUGUGAGAUAUGCUACAUAUGCUCAGCACCAGCAAUGAGAAGAAUAAAUGUAAGAUGUAUUUUCAAAUAUAUGGAAAGUGGUAGAGAUGAAUAACUGUAAGAUAUAUUUUCGAGUAUAUGGAAAGUGGUAGAAUUUUCUUAAGAAAUCGAGUACAAGCUAGUCUUUUUCAACUAUACUUAAAUAUAUCUUUAAGUCCUUUAACUUUAUUUUUAGAAGUAUUUAGUCACUGAUCUUUCUUAGAUGGUUGCGAAAGUGUCAUACCAGAGACGGGUAUAUUUUAGAUGGGUAAACUGUUGAUGCAAUAGUGAAAUAGAAAAUCUAGAAUUGCCCAAUAGCUUCACUAAACCUGGGUUUAACAGUUUACUUUAACCGUUAUCGACGCUCUCUUUAUAUUUGCUCGUUAGAGGUCGGUAAAGGCAUGUUGGUAGCAUAUAUUUCAAUAUAUUUACCAACCGAUCGGUGUGUUUUGAUUCAGUUCAGUCUUCCCACAAGCCUCUUUGAUAACGGGUAGGGGUAGACCCAGAAACACGUGUUAGAGGAUGGUAACAGACUUAAAUUAAAUCAAAACGCAACCGUCUAUGUUUAUUUUAUACCCGAGACUCUCUACAAUUUUAAUAUAUUAAAAGACACUGCAAAAAAUAUGAAAAACUAAUUACUCCAGGGAAAUAAGCAAGAAAUAGACCAUGUUCGGGACACCAAAAUAUCCUGGUAGCUGACUACUUUUUUAGUUACUGUAGACCUAUAGGAAGAAAACUUACCUGUUUCCUGCCUAAAGUUCGCUCCCAUUGUUUAAUUAUUAACAAUUUAGUGCAAAAUACGCGAUUUUUUCGAUUUUUUGCACUUGAUUAAAAAGCUACAUUAAUAGUUCUCAUAAAAUUACAAAAGGCCGAUUUUUGAAAGUUAAAAUGUUAAUUUGUCGCUUCGCAAACUGCAAACUAAGUGAAAUUCGUUAUUUGUUAAUAACUUUUAGUAAAACUAACUUAGAACUUUAGUGCUUCAUUCAAAGUUGGGCAUUGGGGUACUUAACAGACCCUCAAAAUUUGAGACCGAUCCGUUCGUUAGUUUAAAAAUUAUUCUAGUAACCAUUUAAACUACAUUUUUGAAAAUUCGUUGAGGUUUCUGUGAAGGUACAAUGUUUGUGCAAAUUUUUUUAACAAAAAAUUAUAAUUAUUAUAAACAAAUUAGCUGUGAAUUAUAAAAGACACAUGGCUAACUUUGGCCCAAAUGAACUUAGGCUAAAUUUUUUAGUUUGAAAAUUCGUGUUAAAAUACUACCUUCUCAAAUAUAUAAAAAUAUUUUUUGUGCGGACAAUAUUUUAAAAGUUAUUCUAAAUGUUUGGAAACUACAAAAUUUCAAUAAUGUGUCAUUAGGAUUUCUGACUAUAUUAAAUAAUUUGUUUACCUUUUUAAUACAUUUUGACAGUAUCACUCUUCUACUUUCAUUUGGCAGACGCAGAAUUGCCCUAUCUUUAUUAUUUUCUGACUUCUAACUUAUGAUAUUGCAAAACAAAGGUCUCUGGGAUAAAAAAUAGAAUAACUUUUAACAUAGGCGUAACCAGGAAGAUCCUAAGGGGGGGUUACAACUACCUGAAAGGGGGGUUACAACUACUGGAAGGUCUCUGAGGGCUAUGGUGUUAAGCGUAUAGAGCUCAAAGUACAUCCCAAUGGGGGGGUUAUAACCCCCAAAAUCCCCCUGGUUACGCCUAUGACUUUUAAAAUAAUUAAUAGAUCGGUCUCAAAUUUGGUUUGUUUGUUAAGUACCUCAAUACCCAACUUUGAAUGAAGCCCUAUAGUUCUAGUUUAAACAUAAGUUAUUAACAAAUAUCGACUUUCAUUUAUUUUGCAACUUGCGAAGCAACAAAUUGACUUUUUAACAUUCAAAAAUCGGCAUUUUUAAGCUUUUUCAACGUUCUAAAAAAUUAAAUUUUGUAAUUUUAUCUUUACUAUUGAGGUUUUUAAUGAGGUGCAAAAAAUCGAAAUAUUCGCAUUUUUUGCACUAAAUUGUUAAUAAUUAAAAAACGAACGCGAACUCUAGGCAGGAAACAGGUAGGUUUUCUGCCUAUAUGUAUACAAUAACUAAAAAAGUAGUCAGCUACCUUAAUAAUUCAGUGUCCUGACAAAAUUCUUAUUUCUCUGGACUAAAUGUAUGUUAGGAAUUAGUCAUCUACAACAAUUUUUUAGAUGGUUUUUAUUAAAUUGAAAGAAAGAUUUAGCGACCGGUUCCGCUGUUUACAAAUUAAUGUAAAAAGGUGGAAUGCAAACAUGAGAAAAUUGUAAAAUAGAAUACUUACAUAUCAAUACAUGUACCGAUAUUCUCUUUUACAUUUUUUCAAAUUUGUUCAUAUUUUCAUUCCACCUUUUUACAGAAACAACUCAUGCAGUCAACAUUACAGUAGAGCUGGUCAACACUUAAAAUUUAUCUAAUAAUUAUAUAAUAUUUUAAUAUCUAAUUUAAAGCAUACCUAUUAUAAUUAGUAUUAUAUAAGCUGAAUAUUUAAGUCCUCCGCGUACUACCCUAAUAACUGUUUGUUUGUAUGGUUAUAUUAUACACUUUACACUUUGGAUUGUUAUUUACACGCACUGUAUGGUUUUAGCCUUAGUUUCUUGUGGGCCUAAAAAUGUAUUAAAAUUGGUAAACAGCGAAACCGGUCACCCAAUCUUUUUUCAAUUUAAUAAAAACAAUCUAAACGAUUUUGAGUAGAGGCGUUAUUUCCCUAACAUACAUAAAUAUGUGCUGACACAAGCAACCCUUUCAUCAUAUUAUAUGAAAAACUUAAUAUUUCAUACAGUUGUAUUAAAAUUUGGUAAUAUUCUAAUAAUAAAGGUGGGUGCAGACAUGCAACAAAACUUCGGAUCGUAACAUCGUAACACAUAUUUAGGUGUGUAGUACGGUUAAAGAAAUGGGGGCUGCUGAGGAAGCUUACAUAUUUAUGCAUUAUUUUGCUAAAAAAUGAGGGUGGCCAGAAAGACGCUGCGCUGGUGACAGACACAGUUGUAUAGGUGAAAAAAAAAUACUAUUGAAAAUUUUAUCAGAAUGUCUCCAGGCAGAUCGAUAUAGAUUAUUAAGACUGAUCCUUAAAGGCACAUUAAGUGGACCGUAGAAAUGUGGGAAGAAAAUAAGUUUUUUGGUUAAAAAACAUUCGUAAAUGGGCUCAGAUAUCGAAUACAGAACAAUUUACUCGAAAUUUCAGAAGAUCGAGAAGCUUGCGCAAUGGUGAUCACUAACGUCAGAUAAUUCUGAUAAGGCACGUGAAAAAGAAGAAGAAAAAGAAAGACUUAAAAUAGUAUGACUAGCCAGAGAAGGGCAAUUUCUGCCAAAGAAAGAUUGGCAAUAACAAUUCGUUUUUGGCGACUGAUAAUUCCUUUAGUUUACAAUAUCUUUUCCAAAUUUCUAAACAAUCGAUAAGUGUUAUAGUUCGGGAAGUGUGCGAAGUUAUAGUAACUACAUAUUUGUUAUAGAAUCAACGGUAGAUUAUUCCGUCCACUGAUAAAGAAUACAAUUAUUUCAACUGAAUAAAUGAAGCACAAGGUAAAUCGCAAGUAUGUACGCAGACCUAUCCAAUAGUGUCCAAACCUGUGGUGCAACAUCAGCGAGCAAAAUUUAUUUGAUACGACUGCAAAUUAUCGACAACUGAUGGAACGCCUCGAUGUUACUAUGUUACGGUGUUACGCUGUUACAUAAGUCGCUCCAGCCUUAAAAAGCGACGGUGUUACUACACGAAGUUUUGUUGCAUGUCUGUACGCACCUUUAGGUUUUGUUGAUGAAUAUAGAUUUUUUCGAAACGAUUAAAAGUUUACUUAAUUUAGAUUUAUUCUAUAAUAAUAAUUAGAAAAUUAUACCCGAUUAUAUUAUAUAAAUUUUUCUAUAUUUAUAUCUAUCACGUUUCCUGUAUCGACUUAUAAAAAAUCAAAGCCCAGUUGGAGUACUUUAAAAAUUCCAGCAAAUUUUAAACUGCCAUUUUAGAUAUAAGAGUUUUUCUUGGCUGGAUGUAAAGUUUUAUAUUUGUGCAAUAUUCAUACCAAUUUAUUAUUUUUAAGAGUUUUUAGGAUUAUAGAAUUUGUUAUUUAUUUAUAUUUUAAUUUAUAUUUUUAUAUUUGUAUAUCGAACAUUUUCCAUCCAAAGUAAAAAAAGUUUGAUUUAUUCAUAAUAAAUUAUCAGUACGUAAAAUUGUAAAUGCAUGUAAGAAAUUAUAAUUCAGAUAGCCAAGGGGCCAUAAAACAAUACUAUAGUAGUAUACAAUUGAAAUACGUCUACUACAUAAUAAAUUUAUUGAAAAUAAUCAUAAUAAUAUAAUAUGUCGAUAGAAGUGAUGGUAAUUUUAACUGAAUAUAAGAACUUAAAAAAUAAAAAAUAAAAUAAAUUAAAACAAAAAUCAUAAAAAAUUAUCAUUUAAAAUUUAAAUCAGCAAUUUAAUAUUUCCAGGAAAACAGAUCAGUAGGGGUUUAAACUGCAAUAAAAUUCAAAAAAUCAAAAAACGAUAUUGAAGAAGUAAUGAGAAGAACAAUCAAAUUCUUCAAGGAAUUAAAUUAUAUUUUUUAGUAUCAAUGUCAUUGAAAACAAAUAAAGAUUAAUAGAAGCGACAUAUACCAGCCGAAAAAGAUAUAACUACCCCCUGUUAAAAUAGGCUUUUGGUUUUUAUUUUUUUUUUUUAGGUAGGGUAAAAUCAAUUGAUAUAUUUCAAAAAAUUCACACGCAAUUGAGACUUUUACAAAAUUUGUCUAUUUUUUAUACUGUUGAGUGUAUAAUAAAUAUAACCUAAAACUACAUUUUUUUUUGAUCAAGCGUAUAACUUUUUCUGGAAAUAACCGCAGGUCUUUUUUUAUUUUGUGUAUUUUAUCAAAACUGUAUUUUUAAUAUUUUUUUUUUUUCGAUUUUUCGGUAAGGUGCGCCACCUUCAAAAACUCGAAAAACUGUUUUUAUGGGAUUUUUGGGGAUUUUCCCCAUUAAGAUUAAAUCAAGGGUUUUCUAUGAUAGCAGUGUCCUAUGGAGUCCAUAAGAAUAUUCAAAAAUGGGAGAAACACGCUCACACCACCAAAAACAUGGGUUUUUGAGGUUUGAAAGUGGUUUUCUCAAUUUUAAAUGUCCUAAAUGACUCGGUUAAUUCAAAUUUUAUGUAACUUAUAAACAAAUGCUGAUUUGUUCUGAAUUUUGAUUUUGAGGUCUAUAAAAUAAAAAAGAAAUCCCCAAAUAACCUUAUAAAACCAGUUUUUCGCAUUUUGAAGUUGAUCCACCUUAAGAGGAUCGGUACGUUUUUUCGGCGGCAAUGCUAUUCAAAUAAGGAUUCAUUUUUUUCGAAUCCUGAGAGAAGUAAUAAGUAUUUUUAAAAAAAUUAAUGAAAGAUUGCAGAAUGAAAUAUUACGUUAUUAGCGAGGGCCGAAAGUCCCUGAGAACUUCUAUAAUGUUUAUUUUAAUAAGUAACAUGGCUGAAAAACUAAGAGAAAAUUUAGUGUUAUUUUUAAUUUCAAAUAUCUCAGUCAAAAUAAACUUUUUAUUUAUUCUAUGGGACUUUCGGCCCUCGGUAAUAAUUUAGUCUUUCAUUCUGCGUUUAGAUUUUUCAAAAAUAUUUAUUGGUUUUUUCAGGAUUCCAAAAAAAAUUAACACAAUGUCCGUGGUAAUAUUUUCCACUUGGCGAAUGGAUUUAGUGUCCGCAGUCAUAUAAACCCAAAUAAACAACAAUAUUUUCCAAAUCUAUCAUUGUCAUACAACGCACUUAGUCGAAUAGAAAGAAUAUUGUCAGUCAGACACUGACAAUCAGUGACAAUUUUAAAUAAUUAUUUGACAUGAAUCGGGAAUAUUUUUAGUUGUUGAUUAAAUAAUACGGUCCAAGAGCUGUGAGACAUUUUUGAGUAGGUAUUUUAGACAACCUGAAAAUUUUUCAGGUGACUCCUCCAUGAUAGUCUAAUACAAAAAUGACGGUCUGGCUGGAGGGUAGCGGUUAUUUUCCCCAAAAAUCUCCCCCAAAGUUAAACAAAAAGGGUAAAAAUUGUUAUUAAAAAAACAUAUCAUUGACGUGACUUUAAAGAAAAUUUAAAUAUUCAAAUAUAAAGAAAAUAAACAGGGCAUGCGAUUUGAGGGCGAUUUUAACUCUGCAAGAUACUUGCAUGGGCGCCCCAGGAUUAUUUUCAGGGGAUGCAUCUGAACUUCAGAAGAUUUCAUCUGAAUCUGUACAUAAAUAUUAUUAACGACUAUAAAAUAUACAACUAUACAUGCAUAGCUAUGUACAUUCCUUCCGGACAGGGAGGUGCAAUUGUUAUUUUGACAGGGUAUUUUUUAAUAUUAAAAAUAAAUAUUCUAAAAACGACGAAAGGUUUUUUUUGGUAAAAUUUUCCAACUGCCAGGUGAUCAAACAAAUUACGCGUGCAUAUAAAUUAAAAGCGCUAUAGGUAAGCAGCAGUUUGAGAAAGAUCGUAUACCGAUAGCUGUUUGCGUCCUCUGUUGUAGCUGAGCGAGUCCGUUCGCUAGAGAAAAAUCACGUUCGCUAGUGAAAAAUCACGUUGUUGUUUCUCGAAACGUUAGAGUAAUUAUUACAUAUUAUAGUUUUUUAACUAAAUUUUUCUUAAUUAAAAAAAAAUAAUACGUGCAUACAAUAGAUUUUGCAAAUAUGAUAGAAAAAGACAAAUUUAUUAUUAUAAAUAUAUAGGUAGAAAAGUAUAAAACUAUAAACUAAAUUAUUUCUGUGUCCGAAUCUUGUCCUUCUUCUUCAAACUCCUCAUCUGAGCUUAAAUAUUCAUUCUCUUCUUCUUUGUCAGACUCCCCUCGAGACUCAGAUUCCUCUUCUACAUGAUCUGAAUUCUACAUGAAAAAUUAAUUAGUGAUUAAUUAGUUGAGUUGCUACGUAUUCUCCGUCCUUUUAUACAGAGUCAAAGCCUGGACAAUCACGGGCGCAUCUGAUGAAAGACUUGCCGUUGUUGAGAUGUGGAGUUAUUGAAUAAUGUUAAAUAUAUCAUGGACACACGUAACAAACACGGAAACAUUAAGAAAGAUGAAAAAGGCAAAAGAAAUACUCAACACUAUGAAGGAAAGAAACAUGAGCUACUUUGGUCAUAUACUAAGAAAUAAAAAACGUGAUGUGAUUGGUUAUAUAAGGAAAAGUAUUAAGCAUUGGUUAUAUAAGUAAAAAUACGUAGCAACUCAAUCAAUUAAUUACUAAUUAAUUUUUCAUUAAUUCUAAAUAUAUAUUACAACUAUUUACAGAUCAGGUAGAAGAAUCUGAGUCUCGAGGGGAGUCUGACGAAGAAGAAGAGAAUGUAUAUUUAUUUUAGCUCAUUUUUCUUUCCUUCAUAGUGUUGAGUAUUUCUUUUGCCUUUUUCAUCUUUCUUAAUGUUUCCCUGUUUGGUAAGUGAUGUGUCCAUGAUAUUUUUUACAUUUUUCGAUAACACCACUUCUCAACAAUGGCAAGUCUUUCUUCAGAUGCGCCAGUGAUUGUCCAGGCUUCGACUCCGUAUAAAAGGACAGAAAAUACGUAGCAACUCAAUUAAUCAAUCACUGAUUAAUUUUUAAUUAAUUCUAAAUACAUACUACAACUAUUUACAGAUCAUGUAGAAGAGGAAUCUGAGUCUCGAGGGGAGUCUGACGAAGAAGAAGAGAAUGAACAUUUAAGCUCAGAUGAGGAGUUUGAAGAAGAAGUACAAGAUUCGGACACAGAAUUAAUUUAGUUUAUAGUUUUAUACUUUUCUACCUAUAUAUUUAUAAUAAUAAAUUUGUCUUUUUCUAUCAUAUUUGCAAAAUCUAUUGUAUAGUACGUAUUAUUUUCCUUUAAUUAAGAAAAAUUACUUAAAAAACUAUAAUAUAUAUAUAAUAAUUAAUCUAACGUUUCGAGGCACAACAACAUGGAUAUCGCCAGGUCACGUGAUUUUCUCGAGCGAACGGACUCGCUCAGCUACAACAGAGGACGCAAACAGCUAUCGGUAUACGCUUUUUCUCACACUGCUGCUUACCUAUAGCGGUUUUAUUUAUAUGCACGCGUAAUUUAUUUGAUCACAUGGCAAUUGGAUAAUUUCACAAAAAAACCUGUCUUUUUUAGAAUAUUUAAUUUUAAAAUUAAAAAAUACCCUGUCAAAAUAACAAUUGCACCUCCCUGUCCGGAAGGAAUGUAAAUAAAAAUGCAUGUAUAGUUGUAUAUUUUAUACUCGUUAAUAGUAUGUACAGAUUCAGAUGAAAUCUUCUGAAGUUCAGAUACACCCCCUGAAAAUAAUCCUGGGGCGCCCAUGAAAGUAUCUUGCAGAGUUAAAAUCGCCCCCAAAUCGCCUGGUCUGUUUAUUUUCUUUAUAUUUGAAUAUUUAAAUUUACUUUUAAGUCAUAUCAAUGAUAUUUUUUGUAAUAACAAUUUUUACCAUUUUUUUAACUUUGGGGGGAUUUUUGGGGAAAAUAACCGCUACCCUCCAGCCAGACCGGCAUUUUUGUAUUAGGCUAUCAUAGAAGAGCCACCUGAAAAAUUUUCAGGUUGCCUAAAAUACCUACUCAAAAAUGUCUCACAGCUCUUAUACUAAUAUUGAUAUAUACCCUGUGAGCUCGUAGGUAGAGGGGAUAAUGAAAAAUUCUCGAGCGCCAGUAGUGACAAGUUUGUAAACCUUUACUGGAAAUUUGCUUUUUGACGUUCUGCAUUAAGAGUUGCAUAUUAUAGCUUUAAUGUCUCAAGAAAGUUGUUGUAUUAAAGAGUGUCGAGAUACUGGUUACAAUAGUAACUGUGUAUUCUAUAACUUUCCUGUCGCUAAGCAUAAGGUGAUUUAACGACAAAAAUUGAUUGAUGCAAUUAGAAAAAAGUAAGUAAACACAAUUUUAAUUUUAAAACGGUAGAAAAGGAGCUAAAGGAUCAGUUAGCACACUCUCAAAUUUUACGGUUUUAAUUUUAUAAUCCAAUCCUGAAACAAAAUUUAAAUGCGUGAAGAUAACGACCAAUCACAGCAAACGUAGAAUGCCGUUAACUGUCAUUCAUAAGUUAAUAUUUAAGAAGUAAUACUAUAAUUAUAUUAAAUUAUAGAAUUUUUUGGAGAAUAAAUUUUUUUUAAUAUUAGUUGUCAACAUAAACGUCAAAACGAUAAGCAAAAUCUAUGAAUAAUAAAUUCUGUACUUACUGCUAUUAAUUAUCGAUUACAAUCCAAUUACUUCUUUACGUUGUAAAUAUUACACGAUAAGAAUUAAAUAAUAAGUUUGAAACAACUAUUACUUGCUUUUCUACUGUCCUCUUUAAAAUUCCGGCCGAAAUGGGAACACUAGUCAACCGUUAGAUGGCGAUAGCAGCCAUACCAGCGAAACUCACAGAGUAUAGGCAACACUUUUUUCUUUCCAGAAAAUUUCCGGUAAAAGUUAUACUAGUAAUCCUGUAGGUGGCGAUACCAGCGAAGCUCGGAGCGGAUAGCGUAUUUGAUAAAUAAUUGAUUUAACCUUUAAUUACACGCGCUGGCGUAUUUUGUACGCCAGAUAUAAGAAUUCUACUGCAAAUAUAUUUAAAAAUUAAAUUUUUGACCUUGUUGAUCUCUAUAACCUAUCACUGGAAUGUGCUUUACAAUUUGGUUUUAGUUUCGUUAUAAUCGGCGUUCUGGCAAGAUCGUAAUUUACAGUUAAUUAUUUGUUGUUUCCGGUGGUGGACAAUAUACAUCACGAAUAUAUUAAUGUAAGCAGUAAUAUAAGUACAUAUAUUUCAAUUGUUUUUUAGUCAUUAUGGCACAAAAUAUAUUUUUCUUUAUAAACAAUUUUUUACAAACAUUUUUCUCCUGUAAAAAAUCACAUUUCAAAAAAUUUUUUAUUAGUAAUUUUAUUUAUCAUGGAAUCCAGUUAUUCCAUGAUUCCAGUUAUAAAUCCAGAUUGGCUUACUAAGAAGGAACUCCAAGUAUUCACUGAUGCUGAAUAAGGUUUAUAACAAACAACUAAGUGUAUUUUUUCAAAAAAAAACACAAGUCCGCUGUUUUAAGUGUAUUUUUUGUGGCGUAUAAAGUACGACACGCGGGUAGUUAUGUUAUAACUUGAUGCGCGGGUAGUUAAAGGUUAAGAGGUGAACUUUAUAAAAAGUUAUUUAUUGUGUAUUAUUUAUGGAAGAUAGAAGCAGAGAAUACAUCAAGAUAUAUUCUGUGAUCCAAGUAUUCUGUUGUUAAAAAUGUUCAAAAUUGUAAGCGUUACAUAGUAACAAUAUAUUAUUAAAAAAUCACUUUAACACUUUUCCUCUUUUCUCGAUUGAGUAUUAGUUUUUGCUGUAGGUACAUAUAAAUUAUUACAAUCACUGAAUAUACAAAAAAUAACAGUUAUCCAAGAACAUUCAAAAGCCCUCUUUAAGCUAGUUAUGACAUUGUCAAGUAGAAUGACAGUCUAGUAAUAUGUAAAUAUCCAUACCAGUGUGAAUUUUACUACACGUAAUUUGCCAUGUAAAGACAGAAAAGGUAGGGAUAGUCGUAAAAUAUUUGCGAAUUAUGUACCCAUAGCCUUAAGGAAAAAUCUGGAAAAAAUUUUAAAUAUAGUUUUUGACCCAAUACCCAAAAUAAAAACAAAAUUAGCCAUCUUCAAAAAAAGUUAUAGGCAUUUUUCCACAAAGAUGCAUUUUGGAGUUAUGUGUUUUGUAACAGAGAAUAUGUUUAUGAGAAUAUGUUUUGUAAAAGCUUCAACGGCACAUGUAAAUUUUUUAAAUUGAUUGCAUCCCACCUAAACAAAUAAAAACGAAAAAAAUGACGGUUUUUUAAAAAGGAGAAGUGGGUGGAGGGAUGAAAUUACGCUGUCUUAUUUUUUCAUCACAUAAAACAAGUAAUAAAGUUAAAAAAAUGAUUCAGGUUGUAUCAAUCUCAAAAAAUAUGAUUAACCACGCAAAAAAAUCGCAAAAAUCGCAGAAACCCUUAAAAUCUUGAAAAGAGGGUUUUUGGGGGGCUUGAACUUGUUUCGCCCAAUUUUUGACUGUCUUAAAAAAUUCAGUUACUUCAAAUUAUAUGUAAUCUACCAAAAAAAAUCUUGAUUUGAUCCAUUUUGAAUUCUAUAAAAUGAGGUAAAUCACCAAAAACCCCUCUUAAAAACUGUUUUUAUGAUUUUUGAGGGUGGCGCAACUUAUAAAAAAAUCUGGCAAAAAUUAGAAAUAUAGUUUUUGAUAAAAUAUACAGAAUAAAAAGAAUUAGACAUGCAGCCAUCUCCAAAAAAAGGUUAUAUGUUUUUUUCGAAAAGACUGCUUUUUGAGGUCAUGUACUUAUAGUCAACCUACGGAUUUAUAAAUAAUGGACAUGUUUUGUAAAAGCCUGAACUUUGCCUGUGAAUUUUUGUUUUGAUAUUUUUAAAUUAAGUGAACCCUUUAAGGGGGCUGGGAGGUAGUGGCGUGUUGACAUCGAGAUGAAUUUUGUUUUUUAAUCACAAAAAACUUAAAACAAUAUCAAAAAUUAAAUUCUGGGAUUGAGGGCAUUUUGCGUAUCCUAAAGGGGGUACUCUUUUCUGAUUUGUUUAAUUCCUUAUUAUACUUAAAUACUAGUUUCCUGUAAAUAGAUGCACAAUUAUAGUGGUUGAAAGCUUUGUGCUAUAAGACGUUACAGAUAUUAACAUUUUACUCUCUGUUGAUUUAUUAGAAAAUUCAAACAUUCUUAGAUUGUAAAACAUAUUGAGUGUUUUAAGGUAGAUCUAUGUUGUUCAUAAAUUUUAGUACCCAAGUUAAGAUGUUUUCUAGUAUUACUGUAUAUUGUAAAUAAAAUUAAUGAUUAAAAAAUGCUAUUUGUUCUA